AUGUCUCAGAGUCAGGAGAGUCCAUGUUGCACACCCAAACAACAUCAUGCCCACAGUGAGACUCAGGGCCUAGAGGCUGCACAGGUCUUCAAGGCUAUGGAAGAGAUCUCUCUCCCCUCCUCUCAUCCUUUAAUACCUGACAACCUGAAGGAGGCUCCUGCUUCUCAGACACCUAGUACUCCCCAGGGUCCUCAGAGUUCCUAUUCAUCUUCCACCAUCACCAGAGCCACCUCAUCAGGCAAAUCAAAUGAGAGCUCCAACAGCCAAGAAGAGGAUAGUCUAGCUUCCUCACAGUCAUCAGCAGACACUGAGAACCUGCUCAUAGAUCUUCUAAAUGAGAAGGUGGCUGUGAUAAUGCAGUUCCUGCUGCACAAAUUUCAAAUGAAAGAGCCAAUCACAAUGGCAGACAUGCUAGACAUUGUUAUCAAAGAGUAUAAAGAUGACCUCCUUUAGAUCGCUAGCAGAGCCUCUGAGCACGUGGAGCUGGUCUUUGGUGUUGAUGUGAAGGAAGUUGACCCCAUCAGCCAUACGUAUGCCCUUGUCAACAAACUAGGCUUCACCUAUGAUGCAAGGCUGAGUGGUGAUGAGAAUGUGCCUAAGACAAGCCUCCUGAUAAUUAUCCUGUGUGUGAUCUUCAUGAAGGGUAACUUUGCCACUGAGGACAGAUGGGAAGUGCUGAAUAUGAUGACAUAUUCUGGAAGUAAGCACUUCAUCUUUGGUGAGCCAAGAACGUUCAUCACCAAAGAUCUGGUACAGAAAAAGUACCUGCAGUAUUGCCAGGUGCCCAACAGUGAUCCUCCAUGCUAUAAAUUUCUGUGGGGUCCAAGAGCCCAUGCUGAAACCAGCAAGUUGAAAUUGCUGGAGUUUCUGACCAAAAUCCAUGAGUCUGAGCCCAGGUGCCUUCCAUCUCAGUAUGAGGAGGCUUUGAAAGAUGAAGUAGAGAGAGCCCAAGCCAGAGUUGCAACUGGGGCUAGCCUUACAGCCACAACCAGGGCAAUUUCCAGGGCCAGAUCCAGCAGCUUCUCCCAACCCUAG